GAAAGACUUGAAAGCCGUGAACAGUUUUUGACUAACCUCAGGUCUCCGAGAGGCCUCCAAUGGCUGUCUGCACAGAAUAACAUCAACACCAAAAAGAAAAGAAAAAAAAAAGAGACAACGAAACAAGCCAAAACCUCUGUAGAUGCACAUCUGUGUUGUGUCUCAAAGGCCAUAAUUUCUUGUCUGUUCCAACGACUCAAGAAGUAACUCUGUCUCAAGAUGGUUAACCCAAUCCCAGAGCCUAUCAAAGACAUAUGGGAUGCAUGGAGUAUCCGAACUACCUUAAUCUUCAGUCUCAGCCUCCAAACGUUUCUCAUCUUCUUUGCACCUCAAAGAAAACGCACAUCCAAAAAGGUACUACUCUCUCUCAUCUGGUCAGCUUAUCUUCUUGCCGACUGGGCUGCGAACUUCGCCGCGGGACAAAUCUCUGAUAGUCAAGGAGACGAUCCAAAGCCCGGGGAGCCUAAAAAGAACAAUAAACUCUUAGCUUUUUGGGUUCCUUUCUUGCUCUUGCAUCUCGGUGGUCCAGACACGAUCACUGCCCUUGCGCUUGAAGAUAACGAGCUCUGGCUCAGGCACUUGCUGGGUCUUGGCUUUCAAGCAAUAGCAACCGGCUACGUGUUUCUACAGUCGUUACCAAACGAUCUAUGGAGACCCAUUUUGUUGGUUUCUGCAACAGGAGUGAUCAAGUAUGUUGAGAGGACGUUAGCUUUAUACUUGGCGAGUCUUGACAAGUUUAAAGAUUCCAUGAUUCAGCGGCCUGAUCCUGGACCAAACUACGCGAAGCUCAUGGAGGAAUACGCGGCUAAAAAGGUUAUGAAGAUGCCUACACAGAUUAUCAAGAUCGAAGAGCCUGAGAAAGAUCCAAAAGCUAGUGCUAAGGUUAAGCCUGAUGAUCUAACCGAGCUCAAUAUUCUCCAGUAUGCUUAUAAGUACUUCAACAUCUUCAAAGGUCUUGUGGUCGAUCUCAUCUUUACCUUUCAACAACGAGCUGAGAGCAAGCGAUUCUUUAGCGAGCUGAAACCAGGUGAAGCUCUAAGAAUCUUGGAGGUUGAGCUCAACUUCAUCUACGAAGCUCUUUACACAAAAGCUGAGAUUCUGCAUAAUUGGAUAGGAGUCAUCUUCAGGUUCAUUGCUCUUGGAUGCAUUAUAGCAGCUCUCCGCAUCUUCCGAUACACGGACAAGAAAGACUAUGGAGAUUUCGAUGUUGGCCUCACUUAUGCGUUGCUGAUAGGAGGGAUAGCUCUGGAUCUCAUUGCUCUUAUCAUGUUCUGUCUGUCCGACUGGACCUUUGUCAGGCUGAGGAAGAUGAAGGACGAGGUGGAUGAUCCCGACACUAAAUUCGACAAGUUUCUUAACCGGAUUCUUGGAUUCAGGGGGGGUUUGAAAACAGAGAAGUACAAAUGCUUCAAAAAGGAGGACGAAGACGUUGAGAAGGAUGGAACGAACAAGACGUGUCAUGAAGUGCUCGACACUUUCUUUAUGGUACGCAGGUGGUCUGAGUAUGUACAUGCACACAACUUGCUAGAGUACUGUCUUUGGAUAACUCCAAGUAGGAUCCAUCACACAAAGGGUUUCAUACACAUGGUCUUUGGCUGGUUUAUCGAUGUUUUUCGCAUUGGAGCUGUCUUCCGAGCCAUAGGAAAAGCAAUUGCAUUCUGUUUCAACGGUAUAAAGGAAGCAGGUCAUAGUGUUUACAAGUGGUUUGACAAUAAGAUAAGUGUUUUAUGCAAGAACAGAAAAUGGUUGAAAGAAGAUUAUAUUAGGAGUUGGAUCUACUGGACGUUCUUCAUUGUUCAUCUUCUUGGAUAUCUGAUAAGAAAGUUCAUGGACUUCUUUGGGAUACAAGCUCAGCUAGAUGAGAUUAUCUUCACAUCAAGUGAUCGUGUCACUCUUGAUCUGUGGGAGCAUAUAUUUGGAGAGGUUUUGAAGAAAUCUCGGUUUGCCGACGACUCGGAAAGCGCCAUGAGGGUGUCUUCAGCUAGAGGUGACUGGAGUCUGCGAGACAUACAAGGUGAAGACAGAGAAACAGAGAAAAAGCGAGAGAAGCUUCUGCGGUAUGUGAUGGAAAUGGAUUAUGAUCAGAGUCUUCUUGUGUGGCAUAUUGCAACUGAGCUCUUAUACCAAUCAGAACAAGCCACUGAAGAGAGUCAUAGUGACCGUGAGUUUAGUAAAAUCCUUUCAGACUACAUGAUGUACCUCAUGAUGAUGCAACCCACUCUCAUGUCAGCUGUUGUGGGUAUUGGAAAGAUAAGAUUCAGGGACACUUGCGAGGAGGCGAAAAGGUUCUUCGAUAGGAGGCAUAUCGGAUACAGAAAUAUAAAGAAGGCUAGCGAGGCGAUUUUAUCAGUGACGGCUCCGGCAAAAGCUGAACCUAUUGACGUGAAAGGUGACAGAAGCAAGUCAGUGCUGUUUGAUGGGAGCAUGUUGGCCAAAGAGCUUAAGGGUUUAAAAGAGCUUCCAGAAUUAAAGGAUGGCUUGAAGAAGGCCAAGGGAGAGGCAUACAUGUGGGAAGUAGUGAGCAAAGUGUGGGUUGAGUUGCUUUGUUAUGCAGCAACUAAGUGUGGCGCUAUAGAACACGCAGCUCAGCUAAGCAAAGGUGGAGAACUCAUCAGCUUUGUGUGGCUGUUGAUGGCUCAUUUUGGACUAGGAGAUCAGUUCCAGAUCAACCAAGGAGAUGCUAGAGCCAAACUGGUUAUAGGCAAGUGAUCCUCAAAUAGCCGGCAGCAACAGUAGUUUCCUCCAUUUGCUUUUCUUGUGUUCUUUUGUCAUUUUAAAGAGUAAUAGCGUCUUGAACUGUUUUGCAUCUAUUGUAUCAUUACUAUUAGAGAGUCAAGCCCAAGAAGUUAUUCAAGCCCAUUAGCUCAUUGUAUCUAAGGUUUUAGCAAGAUAGAUUUCAUAUAUAAAUGUGUGUAAUGACGUUGUAAUGGGUUAACCUUGCUGCCAUAAAAGGCAGCCUUCUUCUCAUCUUAUGAAUUAUCAUUAGAACU